AUGGUGCCUUUUGCAAAAAGACUGGCGGACAUUGGUACGUCACAAGCUCAUAGGGAUCUCGUGGAGGAUCGUUACCGUGAACUCCGCAGACCCCGGAGAAUCUUCACUCCACUGGCUGGCGAGAAUAUCAAAAACAUUGAAGAGUUACAAGAUGGGAAAUCGUAUGUGUGUGCCGGAUUUGAACCUUUUAAAGCUGUCAAAUAUGGAAACUUUGAACUGGAGCCAUGGUCAAUAGCUCGUCCUCACGAACAAGUAAGCUUGGAUCUAAGCAAGGGCAGCGGUACCCCUGGACGUGAUCAAUCCAACGCCUUCAAUCCGAGUCGUUUCUUCCACUCAAGUCUCAACAGUUCUCGAAAAUACGUCCCCUCUUUCGGCCUGGCCAAUCGAACCAGUCAAAAUGAUAACGGAUACCGCAGGCCUAAAUUAAUCACAAUUGUCCGUUAUGGACCACGGCCGCGGAACUCCAUCAAAUUACUGCUGAAUCGACAAAGUGUCAUGUCCUUUGAACAACUGCUGGCCGAUAUCGCCGAUUCAUUCGGUCCCAAAUGGGAGAAUAACAAGUUACGGAAGCUUUAUACAUUUCGUGGGAAGCAAGUUCAAGGCGUGAGCGACUUCUUUCGCGAUGAUAAUAUUUUUAUUGGAAUCGGCACGGAGAGCGUAAGCGACAAUGAUCUCCAGGACAUACUGGAAGAACUCCAGCCGAACAAUCCACACACCAAAAAACUGAUAAGACAAUGGGACAAGACGAAGCAUAGAAAGACAUCUCAAGACGGUUAUCUUAAAUUCGAAUCUGAGAAAUUAGACAGCGGUUUUGGAAGCAGCGACAUUGGCAGGAAGGAGGCUGAAAAUAAUGAAAAAAAUAACUGUACUGUAAUCGGUGAUAGUGGCGCUGGCAGGGCUAUUAACUAUCGCUCAUCACGUGUCAGUCUGGAGCACCAAUUAAAGGUAAACCAGAACAAGGACUUUCGCUUAGUGAUGAGGGUUGACAGGGAAAGAGAACGGGCAGCUUAUGAGGAGCGAGUGAGGGCGAGAAAAAGACAAAAGAAACUGAAGGAGACUGAGAAACAAAUUUUAGACGAGGAACGUCGACGGAUGAACAAGCAAUUGGGCAAGGACCCAAUGAAAAAGUUGAAAGAUGAUCGCCGGGUGGGUCCCAUAAAUGAAAACGACCUUCGGCAAGAGAAAACUCAGUUGCAGCAAUCACCCCGGGACAAGAACGAGGUUUCGAUGAAGCUUUACGAAGAGUUUGAGACAUCAGACAGGAUUUAUCUAGCCAUGGAAUUGGUCAAGGGUGGCGAUUUGUUUGAUGCCAUUACUCAGAGCGUGAAAUUUAGAGAACCAGAUGCGGCAGGAAUGGUGAAAGAUUUAUGCAAUGCUUUAUUUUAUCUUCAUUCCAUGAAAAUUGUUCAUCGGGACUUAAAGCCAGAAAAUUUACUCGUUCAUUGGAAUAAGGACGGGAAUAUGUCAUUGAAAUUGGCGGAUUUUGGUUUGGCAAUGGAAGUCGACGAACCUAUUUUCACUGUGUGUGGAACACCAACCUAUGUAGCACCAGAAAUACUGUGCCAGACAGGUUAUGGUUUAGAGGUGGACAUGUGGGCCAUUGGAGUCAUCUCUUUCAUCUUAUUAUGUGGGUUCCCGCCAUUUCAUAGUCACGACAGAUGUCAAUCAGAACUGUUUGAGUGUAUCAAGUCCGGAGAAUAUGAAUUUCUGCGGCCAUAUUGGGAUGACGUUUCAUUACAUGCCAAAGAUCUGAUUGAACACUUACUUCUGGUUGACAAGGAACAGCGUUACAAAGCGUCACAGGUCCUAGUUCAUCCUUGGAUUAUUUGCGGCGGAGAUACAAGUCGAAUUUUGAGUGGACCCGAAUUGGCUGAGGCUCAAAAGACUCUUCAUGGACAACUCGAUGCUGAAGCAAAGAGAAAUUUUGAAGUCUUCCAUAGAUUAAGAGAACAAAUGAAUUGA